GAGUAACUUAGAAGCAGCAAGCAAUAAAAUCCGCCGCACAUAAUAAUAGUUCCUCCUAUUUGGCCGUUUCCUGUAAUCCUAUCCCGAACCAUCCGUCUCAGUCUGCGCUCCUCACUCUUGACUCUUGAGAUCCGUUUUCCAUUUCUGAGGCUACUGUGGUAUCGUCAGCUGCGGCGGACUCCCCCGAUCUCCAAUCCCCACCGACAUGCCCGGCCUCGUAGCUUCGCCGGAGACGGGGGCGGCGCCGGCCCCGCAGCCCCGCCGCCGCUCCGGAUCCCCGAAGAAGGCCCCCGGGUCGCCGUCCCCCUCCACCUCCUCCGCGCGCCCCAAGCCCACGCCGUCCCCGGGGAAGAAGAAGGCGGCGGCGGCGGCGGCGGAGGAGGCGGAGGAGGCGGCGCUGGACAACCCGGAUCUGGGGCCGUUCCUGCUGAAGCUGGCGCGGGACACGAUGGCGGCGUCCGGGGAGGGCGGGGCCGGGAAGGCGCUGGAGUACGCGAUCCGCGCGGGGCGGGCGCUGGAGCGGCGCGAGGGGGCGGAGCUGGAGCUCGCCAUGAGCCUCCACGUCGCCGCCGCGAUCUACUGCACCCUGGGCCGCUACGCCGAUGCCGUGCCGGUGCUCGAGCGCGCCGUGGCCGUGGCGGAGGCGGCGGAGGCGGGGGAAGGGGAAGGGGAAGGGCAAGGGGAGGGCGAGGCGGAGGGGGAGAAGGAAAGGGAGAGGGAGAGGGAGAGGGAGAGGGCGCUCGCGGCGUUCUCCGGGUGGAUGCAGCUCGGGGACACGCACGCCAUGCUGGGGCGCCUCGAACAGUCCAUCGCCUGCUACGCCAAGGGCCUCCAGAUCCAGAUCGCCGCGCUCGGCGAAAGCGACCCCAGGGUCGCCGAGACCUGCAGGUACUUGGCAGAAGCCCAUGUCCAGGCACUGCAAUUUGAUGAGGCGGAGAAGUUGUGCCGCAAGACCUUGGAAAUCCACCGCGAGCACAGCCCACCAGCAUCCCUAGAAGAAGCUGCUGAUCGCCGCUUGAUGGCCCUCAUCCUUGAUGCCAGGGGUGACUAUGAUGGUGCUCUUGAGCACCUCGUCCUCGCCUCCAUGGCCAUGGCAUCCCAUGGCCGUGAUGCUGAUGUUGCUGCCAUUGAUGUCGCCAUUGGGAAUACCUACCUUGCCCUUGCUCGAUUUGAUGAAGCUGUCUUCUCCUACCAGAAGUCCCUCACUGUCCUUAAGACGGCCAAAGGUGAUUCCCACCCCGCUGUUGCUGCUGUCUUUGUCCGCCUUGCUGACCUCUACCACCGCACUGGGCGGCUCCGUGAGUCCAAAUCCUACUGUGAAAAUGCCCUUCGAAUCUACUCUCGCCCCGCUCCAGGAGCCGCCCCAGAGGAGAUUGCAGGGGGCCUGAUGGAGAUUGCAGGGAUCUACGAGGCUGUGGGUGAGCCCGAGGAAGCAGUGAAGCUGCUUGAGAGAGCAUUGAAGCUGGUUGAGGAUGUUCCGGGCCAGUGGAGCACAGUUGCAGGGAUUGAGGCGCAGAUGGGCGUGAUGUACUACAUGGUGGGGAGGUAUGGGGAUGCCCGCGGUGCAUUCCAGAGUGCUGUGGCCAAGUUGAGGGCUGGCGGGGAGAGGAAGUCGGCCUUCUUUGGUAUCCUGCUGAAUCAGAUGGGGCUCGCGUGCGUGCAGCUGUUUAAAAUUGAUGAGGCGGCAGAGCUAUUUGAGGAGGCGCGGGCUGUUCUCGAGCAGGAAUGCGGGUCGUCUCAUCCAGAUACUCUUGGGGUUUAUAGCAAUCUCGCUGCAACUUAUGAUGCUAUGGGGAGGGUCGAGGAUGCGAUUGAAAUCUUGGAACACGUGCUCAAAGUGCGGGAGGAAAAGCUUGGCACCGCAAACCCUGAUGUAGAGGACGAGAAGAAGAGAUUGACCGAGCUUCUAAAAGAAGCUGGUAGGGCACGGAGAUCGAAGCAGAAGUCGCUUGAGAACCUGUUGGUCACCAACUCGCAGCGAGUGAAGAAGAGGUGGUCGAGCUUGGGCUUCAAAAGCUCGUCCUAGAGAAAGAGAGCAAUUGUAACAUACGGAAGCCAUGUGUAAAGAACUUAGUGUUAGGAAAAAGAGUAAUAUUUUGUGUACCUCAAAACAAUAUUUCGAAAUGUUAUUGAUGAGCGGCCUUUAUACACAUUGCAGGUAGCGACUGAUUUACUUUUCCAGAUUCCAAACAUAAUUUGAUGAGUUAUAAACUCUAAAGUCAAAUCACAUACCUAGCUACCUCGUGUAUGAAGCUUACUGCUCAUCAAUAGCAUUUUGCAAUAUAUACUGACGUACACGAUGUAUUACUACAUAGAAUAGUGUGGUGUUUUCUUCUUGUUUGAGCUUCUAAUCUUUUUCGGGUUCCUUUCUUUGCCCGUUUACCGAAUUCUUAACCCUUUAUUUUUUGUGUGUUUGAUUUCUUCAGCGUGUGCUAUAUAUGUGUUUGUUUGUGGUGUAUUCAAUUACUUUGGUGAAUGAAUAAAUAUUUCUUGUGCUUUGUGUGAGUA